AGUGAACUCUGUUGCGUGCCGCCGUGGAAGCUCCAAGAACGCACCCUAUCUGGGUCUAGCCCAGUGAAUCGAAGCUAGUGUUCUGCACGCCAGGCAAACACCAUUCUAACGUGAGCAAGACUGCGAUAUGGUUAGCCCAGCUUCACGCUAGGUCGGAAUCUCUGUGUAGCGACGGGAAUAUGGUUGCAUCACGAAGCCCAGAUUUGUUGUGGAAGCAGCAUAGCCGGACUUGAGCCAUCGUUGAGGAAGGAAGGAAGGACGUUGAGCUAUCUAGUUGCAAAUUCCUCGGUGGUCAUUUGAUGGUGUGUUUAGCAUGCUACUGAGGCUUUUUCUCUGCUUGCUUAAAAGUGAACAUUUCUGCUACCUACAAAACUUCCACUUUCGACGUAUGGCACUGCUGAGAGAGUAGAGUCAGGUGGGGGCUGGUGCCCAUCGAAAUCCCGCCGACCGAGAGGCAGAAGGAUAGGCUCUAUUACAGGCAUAGGUUUGAGAAGAGAGAGGCUUUUUUUUCCGAACCGUCCGAAGAGACUAAGCAACGCAUCUCUCGUCCACACCUUUUCACGUCAGUCCAUCGCGAGACAGGCUGGUGUUUAGCCGCAUGCAGCGGCUCUGCUAGCAAGAUAGAACGAGAUCGCGAGGCACAACAGCGGGAGAGAUCGAGAGCCAUAGCGAGCCGUUGCAAGGCUUAGGCCUUCGGCGAACAAGGAACGACAGCCACGGAGGUCUCGCUGACCCUCAAUCUCGAUUCGACUUUUUCCUGUCGCGCUUUCGCAGAUGGAAGAAGACAUGGUACCUUCCGGCACGCGCCGGCCAUUACCCUUCCACCCGCCACCUUUCGCGGGCUUAACAACUCCUCCUCGCCCCGAUGCCGCUUUCCUUCCCGCCAUCCCCGCCGUCCCUGGUAGCCUUUUCCCGCACCACAUUCCCGUCGCCGCGACUGCCGGCGCCUUGCACCCGUCUCUCGUACCUCCGCUCUCCGCUACUCUGCCUCUCGCGCUCACUCUCCCGACCUUAGCCGCAGCGGGAGUCCCUCUCCCCGUGCGCGCAGAAAUGGCAGCGUUGGGCGCUGGAACCGCGGGUGGAAUUAGCACACUUGGCGCGGGAGGGCGGGUUUUUGGCGCGGGGGAGACCAGCGGAGGGGUGCCUGCGGCCUCUGGCUGGCAACCCGAUCCGCAGACGAUUAUGGCGAUUGCGGCGGCCGCAGCGGCGGCGGCGGCGGCGGCGGCGGCUCAGGGACAGCGCGGAGCAGCGGCGGAACCGGCAGGGGGAGUUGCGCGACAAGCGGAGGUUUUGACGGGGCUUGCGGGGCUGGGCCGUGUCGCUGGCCUCGGCGCGCCGGGAUUCUCGGGAUCUGCUGUCGCUGCGAUGUCUAGUUACCUGGGAGCUUCUCUUCUUGGAAGCGCGCCCUUGGGCUCGUCAUUAGGUGGCCCCGACGCGUUUAGGGGUGUCCCGGCGGUUGAGGGACUCGGUCCUGGCAUCAACUCGUCCCUUCUGUCCUCCUUCGCGGCACCAAAUUCCGCCGCCGCCGCCGCCACCGCCGCCGCCGCUGCCGCCACUGGUGGCGACCAACUACUUCCCGCGCUCUGGCGCCUCAAUCCCUCGGCGGCUGCGGCGGCGAUGGCGGCUGCUGUUGCGGCAGGUCAGGUCGCGGCGGCGGGUGGUGGCAGGGCAGACGCCGCAUUCGCUGCUGGCGGCAAUGAUGGCACCGUCGGCAUCGGCGGCGGAGUCGGCGGCGUUCCUCCUGGCCUUGAGCACCUGUGGGCUGCCCGCGGCGGAGGGGGCAGUGGGGGAGGGGGGCGGGGCGGGGAGGGCAGGCGCGCGGGAAGCGGCAGCGGCGGUGGCGGGCGGAGCGGGGAGGGCAGGCGCACGGGAAGCGGCAGCGGCGAGGGCGGGGAAGACGAGCGCAGGAGAGAUGAAGGCAGCGGAAGCGGCGGGCGCGCCGGCGUGGGGGAAAGCCUGGAUUGCGCGGCGUCGAGGGCAGCUAUUCGGGCCGUCGCAGCGAUUAGCAUCACAGACAGCGGAAGCGGAACAGGCAUGGUUGGGGAGAGAUUGGCCGGCGAAGGCGGAGGCCGGCGCGGAAGGGGGAGGGCAGCUGCGGGAUUUGCGGGUGGGGGGGGAAGUCGAAUGGGCGGAGGAGCAGCGAGCAGUCAGAGCCCGAGCGUGACAGUAUCAGAAUCUGUUAUUGGUGGUGGUUAUAAUAACGCUGGUGCUGGUGUGGGGUUUGGGGGGGAUGCUGCCGCUGAAACAGGUGGCAGUAGCGCCGCCGCUCGGUCCGCUAUGAUGCUCACGCAGGCCCCUGGUCAAACCUAUACCGCGUACAGAGUGCAGCCGCCACCUGCCCUUCGUCCCCCUCCCCCCCCACCUCCUCCUCCUCCGCCCGAUAUUCACCCUCACGCUCGCCCAUACUUCCAGCCGGUGCCUCCCGCGCGCCCGUCCCUUCCCCCGAAUCUGCCCGCGGCCCCUGUAUUGCCCCCGGGCCUCUUUUUCGUUCCAUCGGCUGGCAACCCUUUUGCUGCUGUGGCGGCGGCAGCAAUGGCGGCGGCGGCCGCAGCAGGAGGAACCGGUGAAGGUGGGUCUGGUGCAGGGCUCAACCCCCUCCUGGGUGCGCUCUCGUUGCCCCUAUUGGCGAACGCUGCUCCACUUGCAGCCGCUCCAGGCGGAAUGGGAGUGGGGGGUUUAAGAGGGUUGGGCGUGGGGGCAGGCGGGGAGAAUCUAGCAGCAGCUGCUGCGGCGUCUCGAGGAGCAACAGAGUUAGGAGCAGCAGGGUCAGGAGCAGGGCUGGGAGGAGGGCUGGGAGGAGGGCCAGGAGCAGGGGCGGUAGGGGGGGGAGGAGGAUAUGGAGGCACGACGGCAGCUGCAGCCGCAGCGUCAGCAGCAGCAGCAUUAGCAGCUGCAGCGUUCGCAGUCGCCUCUGCUCCCUCGUCCUCUGCUGCCGCCGCGGCUGCAGCGGCUGCUGCGGCAGCAGCGGCGGCGGCAGCAGCAGCAGCGUCGGCUUCAGAGCAACCCUCGUCGUCCGUGGUUCCGGCUCUGAUGGGGCUUGGCGGAACGAGAAUGGCAGCAGAUGCAGGUUUUACUGGGGUAGGCGGAUUCGGAGGGGCGGCAGGGAUGGGAGCAGCAGCGCUGGGAGCAGGGCUGGGAGGAACAGCAAGCUUUCCUGCUCUGUUUUGUGCCCCGCCUGCUUCGCAUGCCCCUCUGCUGGGGUCUGGUUUUCCUGCUUCAGCCAUGGCCCCUGCCCCUGUCCCUGCGCCUGCCACUGCUGCUGCCGACUUGAUGCCACCUGCUGUCCCUGGUGCCGUUGCGGGCUUAGGAACUGCUGGUGUCGACGCAGCUUCCGCAGCAGCAGCAGCUGCUGCAGCAGCGUCAGCAGCAGCAGGCGCAGGGGUGCAGUCUAGCACACCAGCAACGGUGAUCACAUCGCUAUCUGAGAACCCGAGCGACCGGCCGUGGUGGUAUCGGCAGGAGGGGUACAAGUGCGGCGUGUGCGGGGCGCACUUCACCUCGGCACAAGCCCUGGGCGGCCACAUGACUCGGCAUACCACACGCAAGAGACGCGUCUCCUCUGCGUCUGCUGCUGCUGCUGCUGCCGCGGCCGCUGCUGGCUCCUCUGCUGCAGCUGGUGCUGCUGAUCCUUGUGUGGAAAAACUGGGGAAGGCGAUUGGGGAAGGAGCAGGGGGAGGCAGUGGUAUAAGAGAGAAAGUGGCUGCUGCUGGUGCUGCUGGUGUGGGCGAGCAUGCAGUAGGCGCAGGAAUAGUCUCUACUGCUGCUGCUGCUUCCGGCGCUGGUGCUUUACCUGGUGUUGUCCUGAGGAAGGCCAUGGCGGCGGGAGAGGGAAAGAUGGCACAAGAAGAGGGGGAGGAGAGGGAGGAGGAGGCGGGGGAGCGCAGGGGUCGUGUGAGGCGCAGAGCAAUCCGCCCUGAAGCGAGCAGUGCCGCUCCGGCCCUUCCAGGCGGUGGUGGCGGUGGCAGUGGCGGUGUUGGUGCUGGUGCUGGUGCUGGUGCUGGUGUGGGUGGGGGUGGCAUGGAUUCACGCGGCGUCAGAGCAGCAGUAGCAGCGUCCACACCCAUAGCGUCAUCGGCAGGAGUCGCAGCAGCGACCGCAGCAGGAACACCAGCAUCCGCAGCAGUAGCAGCAGCAGCCGCAGGAGGAAGAGGAGGAGGAGGAGGCGUGGCUCGUGGUCCCUCUGCUCUUCCCUGGACUCACCCACCUGCCGCCUCACCCGUCGUCCCCGUUAUACACUCCUCCGCUUCCCUCUACGCGCCCUACCACUCCCCCACGUACUCUCUCGCCGCCUCCUGCCGCGCAGGACCCAUGAGCCCUCCCAGUGCAGCAGGCAGCAUGGCAGGCAUAGGAACCACCGCUGCCGCCGCUGCUGCCGCCGCCGCCGCCGCUGCUGCUGCUGAUGCUGGCUCGUUUGGCGGCAUUGCGUCGCUUGGGAGUGCUGGGUCGGGGAGGGGGGGCGUGCGAUCGGACUCGUCUGGCUUUGCCUCGUCCACGCUCUCGCGCCCUGGUCUCGCGGGCUCUGCUGGUUCGUCCCCUGCGUAUGCAGUCACCAUGCCGCCGCCUAACGCGGGCGUGGGAGUGAGCGGGCCAAGGGGCUUGGGCCGGAGGGGGGGGAUUGGUGCAGGCGGAAGCGGUGCUGCUGCUGCUGCUGCUGCUGGUGGGGGCAGUGGUGGUUUUGUUACUGGUGUCGCUGGUGGUGGUGCUGGUGGUGGUGUUCUGGUCGGAUCUGAGGAUACUGGUGAAGCCAAGCUGGGUUCGCCUUGCUCCGAUCCUCUUUCCCACUCCACGCGCCACCCGGUGCUCUCUCCCUUCUCGCGCCCCCCUCCUCCCGCCGCGCUUCACCCCGUGCAGAGGCCCAAGCACCACCCGCCCGCAUUCGUUUUCUCGUCCGCUUCACUCGCUAACGCCCCUGCGCCUGCGCUCAAAGCCUGGAGGGCCACUCAAAUGGGCCUCGGCGACUGGGGGGGCAAGGAUAGGGGCUACUCGGACGAAACUGCUGCUCUAGCUGCUGCGGCGGCGGCUGCUGCUGCUGCUGCUGCUGCAGGGGUUACAGCUCCGGCUUCUGCUGCUGGUGCUGCUGCUUGGGGUGCUGGAGGUGUUGGUGCGAGGGGUGGAAGGGGACUGGAGGACGGCGGGUGGCAGAAUGGAAGCCCUGCGGCAGCGGCUGCAGCAGCGGCUGUGGCGCUGGCAGGGGAGGAAGCGGCUAUGGAGGAGGAACACCAGAUGCAGAAGGGCGGGCGGAAGAGGAUGCGGAUCGACCUAGAGGUGGACAGAGAUGUGGAGAUGGUUGGGGGAGGGGAGAGGGACGGAGUGCAGGGAGGGGAGGACUGGGGGGGGGGGCUAUUGGGUCCGGAGAGGAUCGAGGAGGAUGCUGAGAUGGAAGAGGCGAGGGAGAGGCGUCGAGUCUGGGAGAGGGAGAGAGAGAGGGAGAGUGAGAGGGAGAGGGAGAGAGAGAGGGAGAGGGAGAGGGAGAGGGAGAGGGAGAGUGAGAGGGAGAGGGAGAGGGAGAGGGAGAGUGAGAGGGAGAGGGAGAGGGAGAGGGUGAGAGACGGCGAGAGGGUACAGGCACAGGAGCUUGCAUUCUUUGGGCAUGCGGGGAGCUGGGACAGCUCGAGUGCUUGGCGGCCGUCUCCCCUGGGCCCGCUAACUGCGCCCCCUGCAACCACACCGCCCCCACCUGCAGCAGCAGCGGCAGGGAUAGGGGCGGGAGGAGGAAGGAAUGGUCGAGGUGAAGCAGGUGGUUUGGGGCAGGCGGGGCUAUCUGGGGGAGGGGUACCUGUUUUUGGGUCGGUUCCCCAGGACUGGACUGCCACACCGUCAGGUCCGUUUGUUUUUGAGGGCCCCUCGCCUCAUCCCCACUGGUGGUCGCCAUUUGCUUCCAGCACAUCGGCAGCAGCAGCUGCCGCAGAAGCAGCAGCAGCAGCUGCCGCGUCUGCGCCGGCUUUUGCUUCUGCCCCUUAUGUGCCAGUACCUAUGGCCUUCCCUCCGUCCACUGAUAUUAUUGCACUUGCAGCAGCCGCUGCUGCCGCAGCGUCUGCUCCUCCUGCUCGUCCUGCUCCUCCUCCCCCUCCUCCCCCCCCUGCUCCUGCCCCGGUUCCUCCUCCCUUCCCGUCGUCAGUAGCGUCAUUUCUCCCCGGCAUUGCUCACCAGUUCCCUCGCCCGUCCCAAAACCUGCCUUCUCACUCGUCCAAGCCUCCUCCUGCUGCUUACCCCUCUGCCGCUGCCGCUGCUGCAGCUGCUGCCGCCGCCGCUUUUGCAGCAGCUACCGGUGGUGGGGUGGACGUGGCUUCUGUGCCGUGGCAUCUGAUCCACGCGCAUGUCUCUGGUAACCGGGGCGGCAGUGGAGAUGCAAGUGGGAGCGGCAGUGCUGGUGGUGGUGGUGGCGGCGGCGCCAGUGCGAGUGCCAGCGGCAGUGGCAGCCGCAGCGGCAGCGGCAGCGCCAAGCAUCACCCCCACUUCCCUGCCCACCUCUCCAGACCCCGUGUGCUGCACUCAGGCCUCCUCCCCGGGGGGGCCGACAGCCCAGCAGCUGCAGCUGCGGCAGCAGCAGCGGCAGCCCUGGCGGCAGCAGGGGUUGCGGGAGUGUCUCUGGAUAUGCCGUUUGGGGGAGCGGUGGCGGGGGGAGGGGAGGCGUCUGUAGCCAGCAGCAGUAGCAGCAGCGGGCGCGGGAGCAAGGGCAGCAGGAGCAGCAGGGGCAGUGGAGGCUCUAGUGGGGGGGGGGGGAGGGGCAGCGGGAGUGCGGGGAGGGAGAGUAAGGGUGUGGCGUGGCAAGGAGGAGGGGUGGGGGGAGGAAUGGGGAGGAUAGAGGAGAGGGAGCGGCAUAAGGGCGGAGAGGGUGGGCUGCUGGGGACGAUAUCAAAGAAAAGGAGGGAGGGGCCGUCGCAAGAGUCGGUGAUGGGAGGCAAAACGGUUGUUGCCCUCAGCGGGGGAAGCUCUGCUGGUGUGGGUGGUAGAACAGCAGUGGUGAGAGGAGACGAGGGAGCAGUAGCAAGAGGAGGAAUUGGAGGAGCAGCAGGAGGAGGAAAAGCAGGGGGGGACGUGUUUGCUGCAGGGGGUCUGGCGGCAGUGCCACUGCCCAGCACCCCUCCUCCUCCGGGCUUCUCACUCUCCCUUUCCCUGGCCCUGCCAGACCCCUCCCUCACGGCCAGGCAACAGCAACAGCAGCAGCAAGGGCUGUCUGAAAGGAGCCUGCAUCUGCGGGAGUAUGGUGGUGGCUACGAGGAGCAGCCGCCUCAGGCGGCGGAGCACAGGCAGAGGGAAGGUGGCAGCGGGGCAGCGGCUGCAUGGAUGCAGGCGGAAGAACGGACAGGCGAAUAAACUCAAUACCGCCGUGCUUCUGCCUCGUGUGUUGCUGUUGCUGCUGCUGCUGCUCCUGAUUCCUGCCUCGAGUCCGGGCCUAAGCCCCUGCAUCACGUGCAAACAUGAGAGAGAUAACAAGGCGCAUCACCUCUGUGUGGGCCUCGUCCCUGUGCUCCUCGCCACGCUCACCAUGCUUCCACUGGCCCCUCUCGUGGAUACCAUUUCCCCCCCAACUCGUGCGACCUCCUGCCACACGUCCUGCCACACACACACCUCCAGCCACACCUCCCUCCUCCUCUUCCUCUUCCCCCUUCUCCUCUCCAUCACCAUCCUUCUCACGCCCCUCCUCCCCCCUCUCCCCAACCCCUUGCUCAUCCGCCUCCCGCCGCUCCUUUCCACGCAGUCGCUGUUCCUCCGGCCCUGCAACUGCUGCUGCGGCCUGCGAGUCCCACCUCUCAUGGCCUACUCGCAACCACCGACUGUGCCAUGGACUGCACUGCAGAGCCCCCCUCCUCCUCCUCUCCUGCCUCAUAUCUUCCGUCCCUUCCUCCCUCCUUUACUCCCUCACAUGCCCCCUCCUAUCCCCCCUCCUAUCCCCCCUCUUAUCCCCCCUCCUAUCCCUCUUCUUUUCCUCCCUCAUAUCCUCCUUCCUACCCCCCUCAUAUCCCCCCUCCUAUCCUCCUUCCUACCCCCCCUCAUAUCCCCCCUCCUAUCCUCCCUCCUACCCCCCCUCCUAUCCCCCCUCCUAUCCUCCCUCCUAUCCUCCCUCCUACCCUCCUUCCGUUUCUCCUUCCUAUCCCUCCGCUGCAACGGCUGCUGCAACAGCCCACAACUGCGCCCCACCUGGAGGCACCGCACUAUGGGGCACUACGACUCGAUCUUCAUGCGAUCUCAACAUACCCGCACCACCCUCGUAGUGUAGAGCGGGGUGCAGCGGCUCACGUCACGUGCUGCAUAUCACAAUUUUGGGGUUGGGUUGGGAGGUCGGGAAGUCUGGCAGCAGCAGCAGCAGCAGCAGCAGCAGCAGCAGCAGCUGGGAGUGUGUAGGUAGGGAGGAUACCACCUGGUUACAGCGUUAUGGCUGCUUUGCCCUUCGCCCUCUGUUCACUGCCAGGUGCCGUCACGUCUAGAAAGAUGUUAGCACUUUUACUCCACUCCACAGGCAGGCCUGGUGUUAGUGUAUAAUCGCAUUGUGUGACUGGCUCUCAUGCUUUCUGCCCUUGCUGCUAUGUAGAGAUCGCUUACGGCUGCGUGCUUAUGGAGCAUUGUCUUGCCAAAAGACUCGACGACACUUAAAGCCCGUGGAUAUAAUAGCAAUCAAGAGGGCUGUUUAAU